AUGCAAUCGCGUCGAGGCCGAUGGCCUGCAGCUGCUUGGCUCGUUGUCCUGGUCCUUCUGGCUACGCUGACAGAAGCAGCAGUACGCGUCCAGUGUCCCAUUGGAACUCAGCUUCCUACCAUCGCUCGCUUCGGACAACCUUACUCGUGGGCUUUCGCUCCUAACACUUUCGUGGACUCCGAGUUGACGGCGCCGCUCCGCUACAACGCAACAGGAUUGCCUCCAUGGGCUAGCUUUGACCCUUCAAGUCGAUCAAUCUCAGGCACACCCCCUCCUCCGUCUUCCGAUUCAGCACGUAUUAACAACAAUGUUACAUUCACAGCGGAGAACCCUGAAACAGGAAGCACGGCGUCCACACAGUACCAGCUCGUGUCCAUGGGUGGUACUGGGCCAGUCGUCAACAAGCCACUCGCUGAACAACUACCGAACGUCACAACACUUGGAGCGAGAUCCAUUCUACCUUCCGGCGCUCAACGACUGCCUCUAGGAUGGUCUUUCUCGCUAGGCUUUCCUGGUGACACGUUCACCUCGGACAGUCAUCGCGUAUACCUCUCGGCAGCUCUUGAAGAUGGCUCUUCCUUGCCCAACUGGAUGCACCUGGACCAGACGGUCACUCUUUGGGGGCUGGCCCCUACUGAUGUUCGUACCGCUGGUAGCUUCUACACUGUGGUCGUAACUGCUAGCGAUGUUGCGGGCUAUGCAGGAGUCAACAGCUCAGUGCAGAUGGUCGUUAGUGGCGCACCCCUGAUUCAGGCUGCUCCAUUCCCCACCUUAAACGCGACAGCCGGACAGCCAUUCCAGGCACUGUUGCCGUUGGACAGAAUCUUGGACUCCAGGGGUCAGCCCGUGAACACCUCGCAGCUGCUUGUAGCGGCCAAUACAAGCUCCGUUGGUACUUGGCUCUCGUUUGACGAAUCAUCAAGGACCUUUUUAGGCACGCCUCCCUUCGAGCUGACCGCUGAUCAGAUCCUUCCAUUCACGGUGCCAAUCACCUUGACGAACGCAAGUAAUCGAGACGCUGUACCCGUACCUGCGUCAGCCAGCUUGGCCGUCUUCCCUUCGUCCUUCUCGGUUUCUUCAUUGCAUGAGGUGCAGGCGGCGCCUGGCAAUAUGUUUCAGAUCGAACUUGGCCAAUACAUUCGAAUGGGCCAGUCUUUCCCCUCAAUCACUCUCGAUCCACCUUCUGCAAGCGAGUGGAUUCAGUUUGAUCCGACUACUAUGAUCCUGUCGGGCAACCCACCCAAGAAGGGCGCGGAGCGUAUGCAAGUGCAGCUCUCGUUAGAAUCAAGCGGGCAGGGUAGUUACCGCAGUCAGUCAACGCGAAGCUUUGUGGUCGCUCUCUUAUCCUCCUCGACUUCUCCUACACCACUUCCAGCCCCAGGGCGUGGCAGUUCCCCACACAGCAAUAUCUCUUCAGCCUCUGCAUCACCAACAGCAGGCCUCGCUUCGGCCGAUGCUCCCUCAGGCUCAGGCGCAGGAGGGCUGAGCAGCAAAGCCAAGUUUGCGCUUGCAGCGUCCUUAGGUGGCGUAGGUGGUCUCAUCAUGCUGAUUCUGCUCAUGGUUUGCUGUCGACGCUACUGUGCCGCAGAAGACCUUCACUUCCGUGGUGCUCAUCCAGAUGACUGUCUUUUAGUCUGCGAAAAGUCGCAUGCAGGCGAUGACGAUCGAACUCUGGCCGACGAGCGAUCUCCAAGAUUCGGAUGGGCCAGCCUUGGACCAGAUAAUAAGAAGCUGGGUAAGGGCAAGAAGGAAGCGGACGAACACAGUCCUUACCUGGACCCCUACACUGCUGUCGGUGGAGAUGCGGCUUACUCGGCUGAUCGAUCCCCCUUCUCGGACGCUAUGACGUUGGCACCCUCAGAUGAAGGGCAUGGACAUCACUUUUUGGACGCCAACCUGCGUCAGGUAGUCACAACGAUGGCAGACAUUGCUUCCAGAAACGCACCUGCCUUUGCCCCUGAGCCGGCUUUCACGAUCACCAACCCUUCUCCGAUGGCCGCAGAGAAGCCGAGGCGCAGCUCUGUGCUCAACCUGUUCAGCAGGACGCCGAAGGCCACGAAAUGGAAUCGCUCCAUCAACAGUCUUGCGAAUGCUGGGCCCGCUACUCAGCCAUACCAGUGCGGGAACAGCGAGCAAGGCAUUCAUUAUGGAAAAGACAUGCUUGAAGCACAGACAGACAUCGCUCGCCCAGUCUCGAUCGGUCUCGGGCUUCAAGGCAUGUUGGGAGGACGUGACAUGUCGCAAAUGACUACCUCCAAGAGUCUCGCAGCUCGCAGCAGCUGGGCGUCUAACCUCUUCUACGACGACACAAUGGAACGAGGCAUCAGCACAGGAGCCGAGCCCACCACUCCUGAACGAACCCGCAGCGCCGCCGCACUGCGAACCGAGACCUUGAGCCUUGAUUCCCCUCUCGAAGUUCCCGUUCGCCGAACGCUCAUCUCUGCGCCGAUGCGUCACAGGAACGCACACAUCAGCACAUCACCCGCCUUCGACCUCACUACUGGCUUCGAAAGCUCUCCUGAGCGUGAUAGUGAACCAGCAAGGAACCCACUGAGGGAUCCUCGACACUCGAAUGCUACUGCAAGCUUGGACCAUAGCCGCACCCGCCAGGGAGCUGGUGGGUCGGUCGACUUUGAUGAUGCAGUUGUUGGCUACGCUCGCAAGGUCAGCGUCGAGGCUUCCGGUACCAUGCCUCCUCCGCAGAAGGUGAGCAUCCAGCAAGGACAGCGAAAUCUUUCGCAGCAUCUGGGGAACUACAUGCACCAAUCGGUACGAGGCGGUUCCAUGAACACCAACGCAAGCGGCUCUGCAUCUCACGCAGCAGAUGAGGACGACCCGUUCGAAGAUGCUAAAGAUGACCCCUCUGUCGCUGAGGUCAUGCGUGCUACGGUGGGGGAUACAAAGAGAAACUUUGCCGCUAGUUACGUGCCUGCCCUUGCCGGUGCAGAGGCGUCAGCUGUUCGAUACACUGAUAGUAAACGAAGAUCGAUGAAGCCUGCCGCUGCAACAGCGGAUACGCCAAGUCGAGCUGUGGAGGCUAUCCGCAGGAACAGCGAUGACGAUGAGGGACAACCCACCUCGACAGGUCCUGCACCUGCUACUCCCGUUGUUCCUGGUGCCCCUAGCCGCAUGGCCUCUGUCGCAGGCAGCGACAACCCCGGCACACCUGUUCGAUGCAACAGAACAUCAGCAGUCGCAGGCUCCGGCGAUGCUGGUACCACCUCAAUUGCUGCUAGCCGACCCUGGUCUGCUACCUCCACGGCCUCUCGUGGAGGCAACGCCUUCCAAACCCCUCAAUCGACCACCACACCCUCACGCGCCUGUCCUACCCACAACCCUUCCUCCUCCAUCUCUCACCGCCGCAGCGACUCGUCCACACGCUCCGGCGAACCCCCCAUGGGCGGCUCCACACCCUGGUCACGUAUCCGCUCGCACAACGUAACAGUCCGGCCAGGCGAGCUAAUCCGCGUCUCUGCGCUUGCCGGAACCGCUGCCCCACCCAUGGUAGGCGGAGCUCCCGGUUCCCCCGGCAAACGAUCUGGACGCAAGCUCAGCUACCACCCUGUCCUACAGGACGAAAGGUACUUUGAGUACUACAACACCUGGCCCGAGUUCCUUCACUGGUUGCAAUGGGAUGACCGAAUGCAGGAGCUGUCAGGUACAGUUCCACCUAAGUUCGGUCCCACACCGCUCAAUUUGAAGCUUGCAAUCUUGGCGAGACCGAUUGGUAGUGGUGGUGCGGGAGCGCCACCUAGUCCCAGCCCUAAUUCCAGCCCGACUAAGUUUCACACGAGAACGAGCUAUGGACAUGCUAGAAACGGCUCUAAUGCUUCGAAUGCUUCUAUGAAUGUCGGUGGCGAAGAGGAAGUAGCGGCAAUUGUCGUGCUUACUAUUCAGAAGCUUGCUCCGACUACACCUGGUGCGGGGGCGAAAUACAUCUAG